AGAGAGAGAGAGAGCUGCAGUUAUCUCUCACUUCAGGAGAGAGAGUCUGUGGAGGGAAGCAGCGUGAGCGACAACAAGUCCUCCGAGCAGCUGAAGAAGAAGAAGAGGAAGAGUAACCACAGGCUGAGGGAGGAACAGGUGAAGGUGAAGUCUCAGGAUCCAGAGUACGGUACGCAGGGCAGAAGGACCUGGAGCUCUGGGAGAAACCAGCCUCACUGGUUCAGCUGGAUAAGAAGAGGAAGUGGUGCAGCUGACGAGAAGUCUGGGAGGUCAGUUCUUCCAGGAAGGGAGGGAACAAGAGGAACUGUGGCUGACCUGUGCAGCCAUGCACCGCUUAAGGACUACGGUGUCAAGGCUUCGGCCUUUAACGGCUGCUCAGACAGCCCAGAACCGGUCCCAGCACAGACUGGUGGGGACCAAAGGAGGUUUAAGGACGUUGCAGCCUGUGAGGCGCCUGAACACAUCAGUGGCCUCUGAGCCUUUUCUUAAUGGAACCAGCUCCAACUAUGUGGAGGAGAUGUACUAUGCGUGGCUGGAGAAUCCCAAGAGCGUGCACAAGUCCUGGGAUGUAUUUUUCCGUAACGCAAACGCCGGAGCUCCUCCAGGUUCGGCCUAUCAGAGCCCGCCCCUCUUCGGUGGGACCUCUCAGGCUCUGGUGGGAGCUCAGCCCAACGUGGAGAAGCUGGUGGAGGAUCAUCUAGCUGUGCAGUUGCUCAUACGAGCAUAUCAGGUACGAGGUCAUCACAUCGCCAAGUUGGACCCUCUGGACAUCAGCUGUGUUGACUUCGACGACACCCCGUGUGCCGUCGGUUUCCAGAACGUUGGCGCCUACGGGCUGACAGAGUCCGACCUGGACAAAGUCUUCCGCCUUCCCACCACGACCUUCGUCGGCGGCGAUGAGAGCGCCCUGCCUCUCAGAGAGAUCAUACGCCGCCUGGAGACGGCCUACUGUCAGCACAUCGGAGUGGAGUUCAUGUUCAUCAACGACAUGGAGCAGUGUCAGUGGAUCAGGAAGAAGUUCGAGACUCCGGGGAUCAUGCAGUUCAGUCUGGAGGAGAAGAGGACUCUCCUGGCCCGAAUGAUCCGAGCCACCAGGUUUGAGGAGUUCCUCCAGAGGAAGUGGUCUUCGGAGAAACGCUUCGGUCUGGAGGGAUGCGAGUCGCUGAUCCCGGCUCUGAAGACGAUCAUCGACAAGUCGAGUCAGAGCGGGGUGGAGAGCGUGAUCAUGGGGAUGUCUCACAGAGCGAGGUGGAAUGAGCUCCUACAGUGA